AUGUCUAAGAAAAAAGGUAACAAAAAAGUUCAAGAUUUUGAUGACGAGUUGGACGAGAAACAAGACCGUAAUGACUCGAACGCUAUAACCUCUAAAAGUAAAGUUAAAGCAAAAAAGAAAGGGAAAGUUAAUGCUGACUUAAGUGAUACCGAAGAAGUAGAUAUUGUUAAAAAAACUAUACAUUCUGAAAAUGAGGACGAAGUAAAACCUACAAAAAAGGCACAAAAAAAGGCUAAAAACAAAAAAAAAGGUGAUAUUUCUGAUGAUGACCUAGAGGAAAUUCAAUCAAAUAUCAGCACAAAUUUAAGCACGGCCCCUAAAACAACAAAACAAACCAAGAAAAAGAAAGGUAAAGGAAAAAAAGAUGAUGACUGGUCAGAAGAAGCCAGUGAUAUUGAGCUUAAGGAAGUGUCAGAAGAUGAAGUUGUAAAACCUGUUAGUAAAAAGAAAUCCAAAAAUAAAAAGAGAACCGUGGAUGAGCUCAGUGGUGAUGAGGAUCAUAAUGAUUCAAAGUCAUUAGUAAACGAUACAUCUAGCAAACAAACCAAGGGAAAAAGUAAAAAGGGUAAAGGAAAAAAGAAUGAUGAUUGGUCAGAUAAUGCUAGUGAUGUGGAGCUUAAAGAAGUAUCAGAGGAAGAAGUUGCAAAGCCUGUUACUAAAAAGAAAUCCAAAAAUAAAAAGCAGGCAGCAGCUGUACAAUCUUCAGAUGAAGAAGACCAUGAUGAUUCAAAGUCAGUACCCAGCAACGUUACAGAAUCCACUGAUAAGUCAAAGAGCAAGAAAGGUAAAGGAAAAAAGAAUGAUGAUUGGUCAGAUAAUGCUAGUGAUGUGGAGCUUAAAGAAGUAUCAGAGGAAGAAGUUGCAAAGCCUGUUACUAAAAAGAAAUCCAAAAAUAAAAAGCAGGCAGCAGUUGUACAAUCGUCAGAUGAAGAAGACCAUGAUGAUUCAAAAUCAGUACCCAGCAACGUUACAGAAUCCACUGAUAAGUCAAAGAGCAAGAAAGAAAAAGGUAAAGCAGAUGAUCGGCCUGAUGCUGACAGUGAUAAUGAUUAUAAGAUGGAACUUUCUGAAUAUGAAGAGAUCAUACCUGUAGCUAAGAGUAAAGGAAAAAACAAAAAGAAAAAUAAUAUAGAUGAUAUUGAAGAAGAACUAAAGAAAUUUGAAAUUAAGGAACCCGAAUCAGUUGAAGAAAUAAAAGAGGCACAAAAAGAAGAAAAAGCUAAAGAAGAAAAAGUUGAAUCUGUGGAGAAAAAAAUGAGCCACAAAGAUAAGAAGAAACUUAAAAAGCAACAAGAGUAUGAGAAGCAGAUGGAGAUGUUGACGAAGAAAGGUGGACAGGGCCACAGUGAGCUGGAUGCGAAUUUCACUGUUAGUCAAGCCCAGAAAUCUGCUGGUCAAAUGGCAGCCUUGGAAAACGCAGUGGAUAUCAAAGUGGAAAACUUCUCUAUAAGCGCCAAAGGGAAAGACCUUUUCGUAAAUGCCAAUUUGCUUAUUGCAAAUGGUCGUCGAUAUGGUCUCGUUGGGCCAAAUGGUCAUGGGAAGACUACUUUGCUCCGACAUUUGGCGCAACGUGCCUUUCCUCUUCCACCUCAUAUUGAUAUACUGUUGUGUGAGCAGGAAGUCACGGCGAGUGACACAAGUGCUGUGGACACACUACUAGAGGCCGAUGUCAAGAGAACUGCCUUACUCAAAGAAUGCAAGGAGUUAGAAGCUGAAACAGAAAAGGGUAAUUUGAGCAAACAAGAUAGACUGAACGAGGUGUAUGCGGAGUUGAAGGCGAUCGGUGCUGAUGCAGCGGAGCCACGCGCUCGACGUAUCUUGGCCGGUUUGGGCUUCAGCCGAGAGAUGCAAGACCGCGCUACCAAGAACUUCUCUGGUGGCUGGCGAAUGAGGGUGUCUCUGGCCAGAGCUCUGUACAUUGAACCGACUCUGCUGCUGCUUGACGAACCUACAAAUCACUUAGACCUCAAUGCCGUUAUUUGGUUAGACAAUUACUUACAAGGUUGGAAGAAAACGUUGCUGGUAGUAUCUCACGAUCAGUCUUUCUUGGACAAUGUUUGCAAUGAGAUCAUUCACUUGGACCAACAAAAGCUUUUCUACUACAAGGGCAACUACUCAAUGUUUAAGAAGAUGUACGCGCAGAAACGAAAAGAGAUGAUAAAGGAGUAUGAGAAGCAAGAGAAGAGAUUGAAAGAAUUGAAGGCACACGGACAGUCGAAGAAACAGGCCGAAAAGAAGCAGAAGGAAGCGUUGACACGCAAGCAGGAGAAGAACAGGAGUAAGUCACAACGCGAAGAAGCUGACGAGGGUGCCGCGCCAGUAACUUUGCUGCAGAGGCCCAAAGAGUACAUAGUCAAGUUCAACUUCCCAGACCCGCCGCCGUUACAGCCGCCUAUACUUGGAUUGCACAACGUGGACUUCAACUUCCCUGGUCAAAAGCCUCUCUUCAUAGGUGUAGACUUUGGUAUAGACUUGAACUCACGUAUCGCCAUUGUUGGACCCAACGGUGUUGGGAAAUCUACCUUCUUGAAGCUUCUUGUUGGAGAGCUUAGUCCCAUACGAGGGGAAUUAAUUAGGAAUCAUAGAUUGAGGAUCGGACGCUUCGACCAGCACUCCGGGGAGCACCUGACGGCGGAGGAGUCGCCAGUGGAGUACCUGCAGCGGCUGUUCGGGCUGCAGUACGAGAAGGCGCGCAAGGCGCUCGGCACCUUCGGGCUGGCCGGACACGCGCACACCAUCAAGAUGAAGGACCUCAGCGGCGGCCAGAAGGCGCGCGUCGCGCUCGCAGAACUCACCCUAAUGGCGCCCGACGUUGUUAUUUUGGAUGAACCGACGAACAAUCUGGACAUUGAGAGUAUAGACGCACUAGCCGAAGCGAUCAACCAAUACAAGGGUGGCGUGGUGAUCGUAUCUCACGACGAGCGCCUCAUACGUGAGACAGACUGCGCGCUCUACGUCAUCGAAGACCAGACCAUCAAUGAGGUCGAUGGAGACUUCGACGAUUACAGGAAGGAGCUGCUGGACAGUCUCGGAGAAACGAUCAACUCACCAUCCAUCAUCGCGAACGCUGCAGUACUGCAGUAG